UGAUAGCUUGUUGUUGUUACCGAUAGUGUUUUAUUUGUUGUUGCUGUUGCGUGUCCGAGUUACCUUUUAAAAGUCAAACAACAAAAUUCGAAAAAACAUGCGUACAAGUUUCUAAAUUCAUCCCAGGACCUUUGUUUUAACCCAUCGCAACCCCCGCACCCACGACUGCAUCCCAAACCGAUUCGCGACUUUUCGACACCGUUGUAUACAUUAUGGCUGGACCGCUAACGCUGGAGGGCAAGUAAAGAAAAAGCGGUGAGCCAGGAACAAGGAACAAGGUACACGGAACGUAUUACUGAUUUCUCGAGUCUCCCGGGGAGGCUCCCUAUUGCAAGAAACCCAACCCAACCCCAACCGUAAUUAGCCAAACGGCAUGCAAUCACUGCGCUGCCCAAGCCGCAGCCUACUCCUUUUGAACGCCGUUCGAGGACAGCGUUGCCUGCGUAUCAGUUUGCCCAGGAACACGACGAGUGGCAGCGUCAGAGGCGGAACUUCUGGCGGCGCUGGAGCUGGUGGAGGUGCUACAGGUGCCAGUGGAGCGAGAGCGGGGCCAGGUGUUAGUGGACUCACGGCAGGGGCUCUGCAGAGGCUGCGCGAGUGGCAUGCGAAUGCCUUCAGCACUCGGUUUCUGCUCUUCACCAACGUAGGCAUCUCGCUGACCCUCAGCUGUCUGGGCGAUGUCCUCGAACAGCACUUUGAGAUCUACUGCGGCGAGAUCGAGCGCUUCGAGUCCACGCGCACCGCCCACAUGGCCAUCAGUGGCGUUACAGUGGGCAUUAUUUGCCACUACUGGUACAAAAUGCUCGACAGGAGGCUUCCAGGGCGCAGCAUGCGUAUCGUUGCCAAGAAGAUCGUGCUCGACCAACUCAUCUGCUCCCCCAUUUACAUAUCGGCCUUUUUCGUUACACUGGGCCUUCUGGAGCGCAAGGACAAGAACGAGGUGUGGGAGGAGAUCAAGGAGAAGGCCUGGAAGCUGUACGCCGCCGAGUGGACAGUGUGGCCGGUGGCGCAAUUCGUCAACUUUUACUGGAUACCCACCCACUACCGCAUCUUCUACGACAACAUCAUCAGCCUGGGCUACGAUGUACUCACCUCCAAAGUGAAGCACAAGCAGACGCACCUGAAGAAGCUUCCCUAGCACCAGAUGCUUGUAGAUAUCUCUUUAUGUAACUAUUUAUUUCGACAAAAUAACUUUGUAAAUAUAGACAAUCGCCCCGUGUACAGACCAAGAAAUGAAACAAAGUGGUAUUUUGUCUUUGGGCUGGUUUACCAGUUUCAUCGCAUAUCCUUUUAUAUUUUUUUUGUUGCCAAAAGAGCCUGGCUUAGCAAUACAUUCGAAGGUGUAUUCUAGUCUAGAUGUAAUAGAAUAAUAAAUUUUGAUACCAUUUGUAAA